UGCGCACCGAGAGUAUGUUCACCGGGCUGCCGGAGACUUUAAACACGUCAGCGACUUUUAAGGAUUAUUAGACUGAAAGCUUCGCGGAGACUUCAACAUGGGCUGCAGCAAGGUGAUGUGGGGAGUGGUAGGGGCGGCUGUCGUCAUCACAUUAAUAACAAUCCCAUCAGUUUAUUACAGCAAAUCUGGAGGAACCAAAAGGCCUUUCACACUCCAAGAUUACUUCAAUGACACCAUUAGGAAGAAAUCCUACAAUUUGUACUGGAUAUCAGAUAAGGAGUAUCUGCACAAAACAGGAGAUGGGGAUGUCUUUCUCCACAAUCCUGAAACACAGGAGAAGUCACUAUAUUUGAGCAGUUCAACCUUUGCCAAAGUGGAUGCCACUGAUUACUUGUUGUCAGGUGAUCAUAAAUACGUUGCUUUUGAAAGCAAUUACACAAAGAAAUGGAGACAUUCAUACACAGCCUCAUAUUCUAUCUAUAACAGAGAGAACUCAACAUUUGUUACACCAGUGAGUCUUCCACCUGUCGUGCAGUACUUUACCUUCGCACCAAAAGGAAACCAAUAUGCCUACAUCUUAGACUUCAACAUUUAUUUAAAGUCCGAUGUCAUGGCUGAAGCUGUGCAGGUGACAAACAAUGGGGAAAAAAAUGAGAUUCUUAAUGGUGUCCCUGACUGGGUGUAUGAGGAGGAAGUGUUUGCAUCAAAUGGUGCAAUAUGGUGGUCCUCAACAGGAAAAUUCUUGGCUUAUGCAGAAUUUAAUGACACUGACGUUCACAAAGUGGAGUUCACUUGGUAUGGAUCUGAGCAAUAUCCUCAAACAGUGUCUGUUCCAUACCCAAAGGCUGGAUCAAAUCUUACUAAGGUGAAACUCUUUGUGGUUGAUACCACAAAUCCCACCUUCCGCACACAGGUGGCCCCUUCUGCUUCCAUUGCAUCUGGUGAUCACAUUUUAUGCUCAGUGACCUGGGUUACAGAUGAACGCGUCGCUGUGCAAUGGCUAACGAGGAAACAGAAUCAUGUGGUCGUACAGAUCUAUGAUUUUGAUGGAAGUAGCUGGAAAGAAAAACAGAAAUUUCAGCAAACAAGUAAGACAGGCUGGCUUGGCCAUUAUGUGCCUCUGCCUCUGUUUUUUGCUGAGGAUAAGCUCAGUUUUUACAAAGUGAUGAGUGAUACUCAGGGCUACAAGCAUAUUCACUACAUCAAAGAUGGCAAAGCAACACCUAUUACCUCCGGGAAGUGGGAAGUUAUCUAUAUAUCCAAAUUAACAAAGGACGCCAUAUAUUUUGUGAGUAAUGAGUACAAAGGAGUACCUGUAAAAAGAAAUCUCUACAAAGUUAUGCUUGGAAGCAGCCCGUCUGCCCCCAAGUGCCUCAGCUGCGACUUGUAUGAGGACAGGUGUCAGUACAACUCAGCUUACUUCAGCACUGAUGCUUCUUUCUACCGAAUGGACUGCUAUGGACCUGGAUUGCCCCUCUACACACUCAUGGACAACAGGGGUUCAGGUGCAGAGCUCUCCGUUUUUGAAGACAACAAGGAUCUGGGAAACGUGCUGUUGGAAUUCCAGAUGCCAACAAUGCAAUACGGCACCUUAAAGAUUGCAGGAUUUGACCUUUGGUAUGAAAUGAUGUUACCACCGAAUUUCCAGAGGUCUAAAAAAUAUCCUCUUCUUAUUGAUGUCUACGCUGGCCCAUGCAGUCAAAGUGUGAACUACCGCAACAAGCUGAACUGGGGAACAUACCUUUCUAGUUCACACGGUAUCAUCGUUGCCAGCUUUGAUGGAAGAGGUAGCGGUUACCAAGGUGAUGAAAUAAUGCAUGCAAUCUACAAGCGCCUUGGGACGUUUGAGGUGGAAGAUCAGAUAACAGCUGUGAGGAAAUUUAUUGACAUGGGUUUCAUUGAUAAAGAUAGAAUUGCAAUAUGGGGCUGGUCAUAUGGUGGUUAUGUCACCUCUAUGGCCUUGGGUGCUGGGACUGGGCUCUUCAAGUGUGGGAUUGCAGUAGCCCCAGUAGCCAAGUGGGAAUACUAUGAUGCUGUAUACACUGAGCGCUACAUGGGGAAACCCACGGAGAAUUCAGAAUCUUACAAGAAUUCAACAGUCACAUCCAGAGCAAAGAACUUCAAAACAGUUAACUAUCUUCUGGUCCACGGCACAGCAGAUGAUAAUGUCCAUUUCCAGCAGGCCGCACAGAUCUCCAAAGCUCUGGUGGAUGAGCAAGUGGACUUUGAGGCGAUGUGGUACACUGACAGGGAUCAUGCUCUCAGAGGAUCUGCAUACUAUCAUAUUUACACCCUCAUGAGCCACUUCCUGCAGAAAUGCCUCCUUAAUUCGAAAUAGAUAAGACAAAUAUUGAUAUUUUGUAAAGUGGAGUAAAUUUUAAAAAAUGGAAUUAUUUGCACACAUUGCAUUGCUCUCAACUGAGCCCUUGUAUUCUAUGUGAAGUUAUGAUUUUUUUUUCAUUAAAAUAUGUGACCACUGCAUGCAUUUAAAGUAAAAAAAAAAGACAUUUUAUAUGAAUGUGAUGAACUUAAAGAGGAUGAGUUACACUACACUGAUUUGUUGUGGAGUGCUGUCUUUUGUGUAAUAGUAAUGCUCUGAUGAAGGUAAAAUAAACAUUGUUUUUAAAUAUAAUACUUUAAUUUUUCUAAUUAAAAAGUGUUUUUUGUCCAAAUGUAAUACAAAAUAAGCAGUUACUGUAAAUUUAAAAGAAUUACGUACUGUGUAUUUUAUGUAAGUUUUUCUAAUGUGGCCAACGUCG